UGUCGACACCCACCACUGUAACGUUAAUUGUUGCUUUUUCUUCGUAAGACAAAUCAACAUUUACAUUUUUGUUGCAAUGAACUAAAACACAGAGCCUCUAGAAAUUUAUAUUUUUAAUUGUGCAAAAUAUUUGGAGAACCUUAAAAAAAAGUACUAUACAUUUUAACGCUUUAAAUCCGAGAGUGACUUUCUCGAGCGGAGACGCUGACAGGUCAGAUUUAUUUUCAUCUUUCGAAGAAAACAAAGCUCAGUUCCAUAACAAUGACAUUUAAUGGAAAGCAAAGGAACCCAUGUGUACCCGUUCACAUUCCAAAUUCCACAAGGGAACUUCCCCUCUUCUUUCCAUGGGGCGCAUGGCAGUAUAAUCUACUCCAUGAAGGUGGAGAUACACAGGCCCUGGCAUCUAACCAAGGCGUUUGAGACAGAGUUCAACUUUGCCACCUACAUAGACACCAACCAACCACAUCUUCUGAUUUCCAGAUGGGACAGCUACAGUGAUUAUAUCCCUGACCUCAUGAAAGGGGAGUAGGAGGGAGGGAAAUACGCACACACACACAGACACACACAAACAACACAUUCUUCUACAAUUGGAAAAACUUUCAAAUUGAAAAUAAAGGAAUGCAAAGACA